CCUUUUCACGUUCGGUUAAAUCAGAAUAGUUACCGAGUUACUUCCCUUGUCGAAAUAAUCCAGAACGAGGCUCUGGAUGUAAACAGUCAAAACCAGGAAGUGAGAAAAAAAGAUAGGUUUUUCGUCGUUUUUGAAGAGUGCUGAAAAUGACUGAGCCACAAAGACCCAACAGCUCAAGAGGACGGCAGUGUGCAGUAUAUGGAUGUUAUAAUUUCCAGUUACUUGCUGAUGGUUCUAAGUCGGAUAUUCAUUUUUUCUCAGUUCCCCAAUCUGUGUUGGUAGACAAACGUAAAAGGGACAGGUGGUGUUGUCUGAUUAAACGUCAACAUGGUCGUGAUGGAUUUGAAAUGUCAAAAAACACUAGAAUUUGUCAUCAGCACUUUCUGAAAGAUCAGAUUAAGGUAUCGCUUGUCAAUAAGAUAUGGACUCUUAAACAAGGUGUAGAACCAUGUGCAUUCAGUUGGAACAAAGCCCCAGUUGGUCAAAGAAAAGCACCCACACAAAGGAUUCCACUAAGUACACUCAGUAUGGAUUCCGAGAACCUGACAGAACCUGGUGACGGGAUUGAUGAUGAGAAGCCAAACCGAGGCAAAGAAAUGGUGACCAGCCAUUGUACGCAGACAGAGGUUUCCACGAAGGAAAUGGGCACACAGACGUCCUGGGAGCAUGUUUAUGAAAAUAAACUUAAAGAUGAACAUUGUUACAGUUUCUAUAAAUUUGAAGAUGCUGUGAAGGACAUCGGUUCAAAUGACACUUUAAGGCAUCAGAUUGAGACACUAGAAGAAGAUCUUAAGAAGGCAAAAACCAAAAUUUCAGAACUUAAGGCAAUGAUAAAUUUUUUUGAAGAAAACAGAUUCAGCAUUGAAAAGAUUAGACAUGACAAUGAUGCCAUGUCUUUUUAUACUGGCUUUCAAAAUUAUGGUGUUUUUAUAGCAGUUUAUGAAUAUCUUGAAAAUAAAGCAGCCCGUCUCCAAUAUUGGAGAGGGCAGAGUGAACAGACUGACAACAAACAGUACCAGAUUCAAGGGGGAAAGCCAGGCAAGAAGAGGAAACUAUCAUUAAAAGAUGAAUUUUUCAUGGUUUUGAUUAGACUCAAAGUUGGACUUUUUGUGAAAGAUAUUGCUGAUAGAUUUGAAAUUUCAGUAUCUCAGUUUUCAAAGAUUUUCACUACUUGGAUAAAUUUCUUACAUCAUGAGCUACCUUUACUGUUUCCAUUUCCAUCACAGGAAAAGAUUAGACAAAAUAUGCCAGAUUCAUUUAAGCAAUAUCCUACAACAAGGAUCAUUUUAGACUGUACAGAGGUGUUUGUAGAAAUCCCUAGUUCCAUGACAAGUCAGUCUCAAACAUGGUCAAAUUACAAGCACCACAACACAUUUAAGGUGUUAGUUGGCGUCUCGCCUAACGGCACUGUGACUUUCGUCUCAGAUUUGUGGGGAGGUAGGGUGUCAGAUAAGGAAAUCACAAAACGUAGCGGGGUGUUAGAUUUGCUAGAUAGUGGUGAUAAUGUAAUGGCAGAUAAAGGUUUUGACAUUGGUGAUAUACUUCCAAAGGGAGUGACACUUAACAUACCGCCAUUCAAACUAAAUAAACAGCUAUCCUCGGCGGAAGUAGAAGAAACAAUUAAAAUUGCUACAGUAAGAAUACAUGUAGAAAGAGAGAUUGGUAGGAUAAAGAACUAUCAUAUAUUGGAUGGUGUUUUACCCUUAAGUUUGUCACAUAUUGCUGGUCAGAUAUUUAAGGUCAUUUCUUACUUGACAUGCUUUCUGCCGCCUUUAGUAGAGCCAGGUAGUGCAGUUUCAAAGGAAUGUGAUUCUGAUUGACUCGGUUACUGUUGAAUUAUAAGACGCAGCAGAAAAACUUAUCCAUCCUUCAGUUUAGACAAACUGUUUACAUUAUUCAAAAUUAACUGACUGAAUAGCGAACAGUGCCGAUCAUGAUCAGACUGCACUUGUCACAAAGGCAAUACAUUUUUCACCCGUGUGCAUAAUGUUAAGUAAUGUAAGAAAACUGUUGUUUUAUUUGAUUUCUGCUUAGAAGUUGUGUCAUGGAGUACGGCAGCUUAACCAGUUAUAGUUUAUGUAGUAUGGUCUGGUCACUCAGAACCAGUCUGUGCUUAAAAUAUUGUUAAAUCACAGUACAAAUUUCGCAGUUUUUAAUUGAAAAGUUGAUUAUACUUCUAUUAGAUGUAUAUUGGUGUUAACAAUGAUAUUCUUACUUUUUCUGAAAAUAAAUUAUAAAUAUUU